GGGCAGGGUCCCAGGGAUCAGCAUCAUUGCUGUAGCCAUGGACGCAAAAGCUCGUACUUCACCCGGAACGCCGAUCACCACACAUGUUUUGAACACUGCCACUGGUACUCCGGCCUCCGGUCUCCGAGUACGCCUGAAACAGAGCUGUGGGAAGGAGCAAGGCGAGUUAGGCGAGUUGCAAUGGAAGACCAUCCAGGAGUCAGUGACCGCCCAAGACGGCCGUGCGGGCGCGUUGUCUGAGGGGUUAACCUUGCAAGCUGGCGAGAUUUUUGAGCUCCACUUUGAGACCACGGAGUACUUCCAGAGCCAAGGCUCCCCGUGCUUCUACCCGUUCGUGAAGGUUGUUUUCACCAUUCAGGAGCCCCAGU